AUGGCAGACUUCUCUCAAUUGGCCCUCCAGUUCGUCCUAACCGACGAUUCUGAUGCCCGAGCCCAGAUUGCCGACAAGGCAGCACAAUUAAUCAAGUCUUCUCCCAAAAACACUCAUCCCGUGGCGAGAUGGGUCGAGUCCAUCGGACCAUGGAUGCCCGGAAAGGAGGAUCCCAGUAUGGCCGAUGCCACUGAAGGUUCCAAGGGUGAUAUUAUCGCACGAGCCAAGGGUGAGGUUCUUCGUGAGAUAUCUCAACUUUAUGAGUUUAAUAUUGACUUUUACCUCUCAGCACUUGAGUUUCUCGCCAUUACACUAGAGAGGCUGGAUGAUGAUGUCUUGAUCGCUGCGCAUAUCAAGCUUUUGGUCACUUUCUUCGGCGCCAUGUUCAGUGUCGAUCACAAGGCCGGCAUCCUCGCCUCCGCAAAGGCCCUCACCACCAUAAGUUCCAUGAAGGCCUUCCCCGCCUCUAGCGGCUACGACAUCAUUAAGAAUGUGUGUGCUAUGGGUAAUGACUUCACCAAGCAAGUGGCAGAUACUCGCCUUGCCAUCUUUAACCUCUUCCAGCGGCUCGUGACGGACCCCAGAGUCAGCAAAGAUUUGAGAACACGCCACAGCGAUUGCGACUUCAUGACUGAUAUGCUCGAAUUAUUCGGAAAUGAAAGGGACCCCAAGAACCUCAUAGCGUGGUUUUCCAUCUUGGUGACCUUAUCAUCCGAGUAUGAUCCGUCUUCCGACCUGACGGAGAAGAUAUUCUCUGCUUAUUCUGCUUAUUUCCCUAUCUCUCUGAGGACCUCGCGGCAUCCUUCUGGUAUUACAGCAGAGGAUCUCAAGGUGGCACUACGGAGGUGUUUUGCUGCGGAUGAUCGCGUCGCUUCCCAUGCGGUUCCGUAUCUUAUACAGAAGCUGAAUCAAGGGGAUGGGAUCACUGUUGACGUUAAGCUUGACAUACUACGAACGCUUAAAGAGUGCAUCGUGAACUACAAGAAUCCGACUGCCUCGGUCGACCCGUACGUGAGCAAGAUAUGGAACUGUCUCAAAUACGAAGUACGAAAUGGAGAGGUGACGGAGACUAUAAACGCCACUUUGGACGUCAUUCGCUCCAUGACGACGAGACUAGCCGGCGAGCCUCUUAGAAACUUUGUCUUGACCGUUCUCAGGGAGUGUACUGACGACCUAUCCAAUGCUGCGUACACCGAAAAGGCAGGGAAACUGCUGGUUUGCACUGCUAGUGCUUCGCCGGGCGCCUUCUCGCUGAUCAUAGCACCGACUGUGAAGCAUGCCGUAGAGAAUUUGCGCCAUGCGGAGGCUAGGGACCACAAGCGAGAUAUCCUCGCGCUUCUCAACUCCAUCCUUGGAGUUCGAUCUUUGUUUGUCGAAGGGGGCCUCGAUCUUGGAAAGGAAGAUAAAGAUGCCAUUGAGUCGUCCGAAUCUGUGCUUCAGUUGUUAUACGACGAUGCAUACAAGCAGAGCCUACAUAGUGAUCCUACCGUUUCGAAGAAAGCGGUGGAGGGAAUGGGUCUGCUGGCGAGCCAGGCCUCUGUCUCUUCAAUUCAUGCACUUCUUCUCAACGACGAGGCUCUUCAUAUCAUCGCCUCGGCGCUUAUCGAUCUCUUGACGGAUCGACUAAGCGACGUUGUUGAUGAGGUAGUCGUGGCACUACAAAGGGUCGUGAUGGUAUGGCCACCGGCACUUGACGCGCUUCUUGCGCGAAUCGUCGACGUGACCAAGUCCCUCGAUGGCACCGAAGAUUCAGUCGACUACCUUGUGAGGCUCACUUCGAGGCUGGCCUUCAUCGCCUGCUCUGAAUUACCCAGAUCGCCCGAGUCGACAUUCGACUACCUCACCAAGCUGGCUUCGCAGUUGGUUCAGAGCCUUGAUAAUCUCCUUACCACGUCCGAGAGGCCGUCUCGGCUCUGGACCGUGUACCCUGCGGCGCUGCAGUCGGCUCUGAGGUACUUCCGGGAUGCCCUGAAUAACAAAUUCGAAGUUGACACAACGAGCUUGGAGUUUCCGGAGUCGGUGUCCGCAGAUACCUGGGCCGAACAGCAAUUUGAGCAGGGCGACAAUACACCGGAACAGCUCUACAACCGCUUCUUCCUGAUUUCUCUACACUUCAUAAGACUUCUCUACCGCCGAUCUACGCGACUAGUCGCUACCGAUGGCCUUACGCGGCUUGCGCUGAGCGAAGAAAUCGCCAAACAAGGACCGGCUUCCGAUCAAUGGCGGGAUCAGUACCUACAUCUAAUAUCCUCCGUUGCCACGCUGACAGUCCAGCAAAUGUCGCAGGCUCAGCAGUCGCAACUUCGGUUGUAUGAGGAUGUGGCGACUUUGUUCCGUGGUCGUGAUAAAGAUCCAGGUGGAGGAGAUUUGGAGUAUAGAGACGUUGUGCUUAAGCCCGUUCAGGAUCUGUCUGUGUACGGCACUGGCGAUCUCGGUAACCUCCCACCCGCAAGCGCGCGGGAACAGAGGUUCCCAAUUGCGCUUUCAUUGGGUAUUCUGCAGCCUCUUUACCCCAAGGUUGUUGAGUCCUUGUUCGAAACUGGCUUUGGCCAAGAAUUCAUUGUCUCAAAACUCCUCGUUUCUGCAGACGAGGGUGAUCAUGGUCAACAGCGACUUGGGUACUUCUUGCUGAUACUGGCCAAUAAGUACAAGAUUGAGACGAUUCCAAAGGUCCUGGCACUUGCGGAACAUCAGCUAGGCGCAAUUACGAGUGGGGGUGAGGUGCUUGGUGCUUCCAGCCAGUCGACUAACACGAGGGCCUCGUUGGCAAAAGAAAUCUAUGGCCUCAUUGCUGGUGUCCUGCAACGUUACACUGGGUCGUCGUUGGAGGGUGUCUUUGCCCACUUACUCAAGGGGCCUGCAAACACGGAGCUAGGCCACGUCCUCGCCCGGGACUUUGACGUGCUCUUCCGGCCGCACGAAUGCCUAACCAAGGAGUUCCGCGCCACAGUUAAGCCGCUGUGGCCUCAAAAGGCAUACGUGAAGCUUGUCAAGCCAAUGCUCCCUCUAGCCUGGCCCAAAAAGAGCGACAGCCAAGCCAGUGACGUCGUGCUGGCAAACUACAGCAUAGCCAUCCUAUCGGCUAUACCACACCUCGACUACACCAUCUAUCGAGACGACGCCGCCGACCUCGUCCGCCUUAUCCUCUGCGUUCUUCGCAAUCUUCCCGUUGGCGUAGAUGUCGAAACCGCCCUCCGAGUCCUCGAGACGAUUACUAAGGAGUCCACGAACGUCCUCGAACCAUUCCUGAAGAGCAUCAUCGAUUCUUGCACGUCCAUCAUGACCUCGUCGGGACCACAACCCGACGAUAGGAGGAUGGCUAAGGUCUCGGCGAGGUGUAGGAAUUUAGCCAUUCUGCUGCUCGGGUACUUGCCCGGUCGGUACGAGGAUAGGCACCUACUAGGGUCGGUGCCGAGGAUGGAGAGGUUGUUGUCUGUUGCCUGUGGUGAUCGGGUUCGGGAGGUUAGAAAGACAGCGCUAGCUGCGAAGCUGGUGUGGGCUAAUGUGAAAUGA